AUGGCCACCCAACCUGUGGGCGAGGCAAACCAGCAACUUUGGGACGAGACUCUGAACCGGCUUUUGGCUCUUUCUUCGGCUACUGUAAGGCGUAACACGGAUUUGGAAAAUCGUGUAGCAGAACUCGAGGUUGAGCUGCUCGUCUGGAAACAAGCACACUCUGUGGCGCUUGAGGCCUCAGAGCGUGAGGUCAAGGCACAUAAUGUGCAAAUAGCCGCGCUUAACAGGCAGAUAUCGAACCUUGAUACCUUCAAAACGCAUCAAAAUGCUCUCAUUCUUUGUGUUAUCAAUGGAGACGAGCUAGUUUUUAAUCGCGAAUUGCUCACCCAAGGCUACACUGGAGGUAGGGCUGCUGCCCAGGAACUCACGCAGGCGAUUGCUGGGCAACUCUCUAACGAAGAGGUUCAUGUCUAUGGACGACUUUCAUUUUGGAUUACCAUUUACUGCAAUAAAACGGCAUUGGUGGAGGAUCUCAUCGCCAGCAACAUCUGUUCUCGCGAUCAGUUCCAGGCAUUUUUAGCUGGUUUCACACAAGCUUCUCCAAGGUUCUCGACCAUAGAUGCUGGUCAUAACAAAGAAGCCCUCGAGGGCAAGAUAAGAGAAUAUUUACAGACAUUCACUUACUUCCCUCAGACCUUGCGUGUAUUUUUUGGAGGGUUUGACUCGGUGGCGUACAUGUCGACAUUUAGCGCCCUCGAGAAGGACCAGAUACUGGGCAAGAUCGUCUUGCUCUAUCCCUCUCAAUCUCCGGAGGCAAACGGUGAUCGACCUAACGUCUUCUCGUUGCCGCGUCUCACCAUUGAGGGUUUGUGGUUGACGGAGAAGCUACCACGUUCGUCGAAGAAAUUGACGCCCUUGACGACUGGUCCCUACAACGGAGUCAGCUCGAACGGCGGUCUUAUCAGCCCUCAAUCUCCUGCUCGCUCCGUUGGUCGUCCAAUUGACCCUUCUUUGCCUCUCCACAAACAGAAUCCUCCUCCUUGCAACGAACACUAUUUGAUGUCCUGCUCAAAGGGAGCUGGUGUUUGCAAGUACUCGCAUGAUUAUAUUCUAACACCCGAGCAACUCGUUUCUUUGGCAAAUAACGCGAAGAAGGCCCCCUGCAACUGGCUGAAGAACGGAGUAAAUUGUCCGUAUGGUGAUAAAUGUUGCUGGGGUCAUGUAUGCCCCAACGGACCCAAAUGCUUCCAUCUCAGCAAGGGAAAGUGUUGGUUCAAAGGCGAAGCAAUGCAUCCGGAACCACAUACUACACCUCCUCCAUCUUAA